AUGAGUGCUUCCAGCUGGGCGAACGCGCAUUCAAGAAUCGGAACACCUGCCUCCAUGAUGUCGGAUCCAUCAACAAUAGUCUCACGAACAUCACGCUCAACAGGCGUGACAACCCCUGGAGUAACUCCCUCGUACUCAAAAAAGCUCGUCGUUGUCGGUGACGGUGGAUGUGGAAAAACAUGUCUCCUGAUCUCCUAUUCACAAGGAUAUUUCCCGGAGAAAUAUGUACCUACUGUCUUUGAGAAUUACAUUACGCAUAAAACACAUGAAGCCAGUGGGAAGAUUGUUGAGUUGGCGUUAUGGGACACAGCCGGGCAGGAGGAAUACGAUCGCUUAAGACCACUAUCGUAUCCAGAAACCGACGUCCUGUUUGUUUGUUUCGCGAUAGAUUCUCCGCAUAGCCUUGAGAACGUUUUAGACAAGUGGUACCCCGAAGUCCUCCAUUUCUGCCCCUCAACCCCAGUUGUCCUCGUCGGUCUCAAGACGGAUCUUCGAAAAAACAGAAACGUUAUUGAACUUCUCAAAACGCAUGGAAUGACGCCCGUAACGCAACAACAGGGAGAAGAGGUCGCGAAACGCAUGGGUGCGCGGUAUGCGGAGUGUAGUAGUAAGGAUAUGAUUGGAGUACAUGAGGUAUUCGACUUGGCAAUGGAUAUGGCGGUGGGUCAUGGGCAGAAGAAGUUGAAGAAGAAGAAGAAGUGCACAAUUUUAUAA